AUCUAUGGAAACCAUAACUAUUUUCUUCUCAAAAUUUCGAAGGAAAGAGUUCGAUUUUGUGCGGUCUGCACUCGAGAGUCAGAAACCGUUCUUUGUCAUGUAUGAAAAACGUUUUAACGUUUCUCUUUUCAGAGCGAUCAUAAAAUGAUCGAAAACAUUCCUCCGACAUGUGUACCGUAUUUAGUACUCUUUCUGAACACUGCCGUCUUCCAUAUUCUUCGAAAAGGUUUACUCAGGUUUGCUCCAUCAGCACUGCAGAUAGUUGUAGCUGAAAUUAUCGCGACAUUAGAGCUUUGUUGUGACUGUGCUGAAUUAGGCGUCUGUUUUGAAAUCCAUGGCUAUCUUGGCCUUGGUAUACCUUUGUUAGCAUUGUGUUUUUGGUGGUGUUCAGUCUGGGGAGAUGCCGAAGCUUGUCCUUGUGGACCCUUUGAAGAAUGCUUAUUUGGGAAUGGUUUGGAUGCAGAAGUAGGAAAGAAACUUCUUGGACAAGCUGUUGGCGGAGCAGUUACGUCGCUAUGGAUUAAUUACAUCUGGUCUUUCCACAUGAAUGAAGAGCAUGAAGCCUUGCAUACAGCUGCUGAAUGUCAGGCAGGAUUACAAGUUCAUAUGGCUAUUGGUGCUUUGAUUGAAGGCCUUAUUACUUUAAUAAGUCGAGUUGUAGCACUGGAAUCAGUGAACUGGAAUCCAGAAAUAAGCUUAUCAACCAACGCUAUAGUCACAACUGUUCUUGUCUUAGCAGCUACAAGUACUACUGGUGGCUUCUUUAACCCUGUCUUGGCGACGGCACUUACUUUAGGUUGUCGUGGAAAUACUGUUGUAGAGCAUAUUGUGGUUUAUUGGAUUGGAUCUUUGGUUGGAGGAUUCAUUGGUCGUUACUUGUAUCAUUUACGUCAUGGAUACGAAAAGUUGAAGGAAGUUUAAUUACCAUAUUUUUCUACUGCGUCAUCUUCUUCAAUAUGUUCUAAAUCAAUAAAGAUAUUAUUAUCAUGUCAGAA